UGUCGAGUGGGUGUUUGGCGCGAGUCGAUGGUUCGCUGUCAGUAGCCGGUCCGGCCGGCGCGAUACAGGGCGUGUCCGCAGAUUAGGGCCUCCCCCCGAGCAACGCGCCAGAAGCACGCCAGCAUGACGGCAGCCGGCCUCAGGGCCCGCGCGGGGGUACUUCUCUGCUUUGCUGCGUGCGUCCUGAGCCUCCCCACCGACGGGCCCCAGGUCGCGCACGUGCCCCCCGGGAGCAUCGGGGUGUCGACGGGCACCUCGGCCUCUGGCGUGCUCGUCAUCUCGUACGACGUGCAGCUGCGGAUCGACGACGGCGACACCUUCGACACCGCCACCCUCAUGACGCUGGAGGCCGAGGAGGCCGUCGACAGCUUCGAGGUCCACGCCAAGGACAUCGCCGUCGACCCCAAGAUCAGCGUGUGGGGGCCGGAGCAUGGCGUCAGCACGAAAAUCCCGUCCACCGUGGACAUUGACGGGGAGGUCGUCCACAUCGCCCUGACCCGACCGCUCACGGUGGGCGUCAGGUACGAGGUGACGAUGACGGCCACGGGGACCGUGGGCAGCCCCUCCGACGGCGGCCUGGUCCGGACGACGUUCGACAAGGGCAGCUGGGCGGCGGUGGUGCGCGGCGCGGGCCGGCGCCUCUUCCCCUGCGUCGACACCCCGGACGCGCUCGCCGACGUCACCCUGCACGUGGACAGGCCGACCAGCCACGUGGCGCUGGCCAACGCCGACCUCAACAAGACCGAAGCUCAGGGCGCCGCUCUGUGCAGGGACAUCACGCAGGCCUCCAGCAAAGACACGUUCGAGACGGCCAAGCUCGCCCCGCACGAGGUGCGCCUGGUGGUGGCGCCGCUGCAAGGUGCGCUCCAGGACCCCGGCCUCACGCUCUGGGCGCGCUCCGAGGCCGCGCCGUUCGUCGACCGCCUCCUCAGCUACAUGAGCACGACGAGCGACGUGGUGGAGAACCUGAGCGGGCUGCCGCUCGCCCUGCAGCACCUGGCCGUCGUGGCCCUGCCCGGGCUGCGCGACGCGGCCUCCGCCGCGGGCCUCGUGCUGCUCGACGAGGACGUGCUCCUCGGCUUCCACCCGUCCUCGCCGCCGUCCGCGCACCGCGACGCCCUGCUGUGCCUCGCCGAGGCCGUCGCCGAGCCCGCGGUGCGCGGCGCGGCGCGGCCGCUGCGCUGGGGGGACGCCUGGGCGGCGCGCAGCCUCGCCGCGCACCUCCGGCACCGCUACGCGGACCAGGUGGCGGGCAGGUGGCGGCUGGCCGAGCAGCAGAUGGCCCUCCAGAUGCAGGACGUGCUGGAGGCCGGGGGCUGGCCCGCCGGCGCGGCCUUGCCCACCGGCGACGACAACACCGUCGUCAGCAGGGCCGAUGUGGACAGAGGGGCCGCGCUCCUCCGCAUGUUCGAGUACGCCAUGAGCCCGAAGCGGUUCGACAACGCGGUACGAAACUUCUACCAGCUGAGCGCGCAACGCGCCGUGUGCGUCGACGAUCUGUACGACGCCCUGGCCGACGCCACGUACGACGGCGCGGACGACCUGCCGAGCGGAGUGACCGUGCCCGUCGUCAUGGCGUCCUGGACCAGGCAGCCCGGCUACCCUGUCGUCACGGUCGUCCGCGACUACGAGGCCAACUCCAUGACCGUGUCCCAGAAGGCGUUCUCGUGGUCGUCGGACGCCGCCCAGGACGCCGAGUGGUGGCUGCCCGUGUCGUACACGUACGCCGAGGAAGGCACGAGAGACCGAACGCCGAACGCCACGCCCCAGGCCUGGCUCGUACCCGGCGAGAACGACAUGUCCGUCGAGAUGGUGCACCUCGGCACGUUCGACUGGGUCUACUUCAACGUAGAUCAGGGAGCGCCCUACCGGGUCAACUACGACGUGUCCAACUGGCAGAUGCUCAUCAAGGAGCUGCAGGGGCCCAAGUACGACGUCAAGCUGGCGCCGACCUGGCGAGCGCAGCUGCUCGGGGACGCACUCGCCCUCGCUCGUGCCGGAGAACUGGACUACGCCCUGGCGCUGGACCUGGCCACGUACCUGGGGCAGGAGGACGACGCGGUGCCCUGGAUGGUGGCGCGCCGCUCUUUCGCCUUCCUGGAGGACCACCUGGAGGGAUUGGCGCUGGAGUCGCUCCGGCAGUUCGAGGCCCUCGUGCUCAAGUCCGUGUACCUGGAGGCCCAGUUCCAAAUGGACGGCGAGGGCGAGGACGGCGCCGGCCCGGAUGUACUCUUGCGCCGUGAGCUGGCGGCGACCUGGGCGUGCGCGGCAGGACUGCAGCAGUGCCUGGACCACGCCGACGGGUUGUACAGCCAGUGGCGGAACCAGGGGAGCCAGCUCAAGAGAGGCUUCGCGGAGGCCGUCCUGUGCCGUGCGAUGUCCAAGGGCGACGCCGGCACUCUUGACGUAAUCCUGGCCGCGCUCGGCAGCAGUUGGCUUGUCGGAGGGGAGCGACUCGGCUACGUCCGCGCGGCGAGCUGCGCCUCCAGCGAGGCCCUUCUGGAGAAGGCCGUGCAACAGGCGCUGUCCGAGUCUGGACCAUUCAUGGCCUCAGAGGUGGGUGACCUCCUCCUCGCCGUCGGCUCCAGGAAGCCCGCAGGGUGGGCGCUGGCCACACGGUACCUGGGCAACACUCAUCAGAGGAUCUUGCACAGGACGGGGUACGUCGGUUUCGUGCGGAAGCUGUCUCUCCACCUCGCCUCCAAAGUGUCCUCGCAAGACCAACUCGACAAGCUGGUGUCGGCGGUGCGAGCAGCGGCCGGGGACGACGCCGAGGUGCUGGAGGCUGCCGUCCGGCAGGAGGUGGCCGUCAACCUCGACUGGGCGCAGCGACACGGCGACGAAGUGGCGGACUGGCUGUGGGUGUACCUGGGUGCGUCGCGUUCGUCGACCACGGCCGCCCCCACCACGACCACGACCACCACGCCCAGCACGACGGUGGUCUCGGCGAGCACGACGCCUGUGCCGGCCGGUGCCAGUGCCCCAGCGGCAUGGUCCUGGCCCGCCACCGCCGUCGCUCUCCUUGUUGUCAGCAUCGGACGUGUCGAAUAAAACAUUCAUUUAAAAAAAAAUGAGGAGAAAAAACUUUUGAAUGGA